UCGAAUGUCUUCCCGUCGUCGACCUCCGUUUGAACUUUGCAGCAAAUUCAGGAUGACUUUGUGAAAACGACAAGUUUGACUCUGGCAUCGUGGGAGUUCAACGUUCAACAAUUGAUGGUAGGUGUCCAUGAUCAUGUGCAUGAGCGCUUGGUCGCUCUUCUUCACGCCUACUAGUCACCAGAUUCAACCAUGCCCAAGGAAGAUACAAAACUGCCCGACUGGUCGAAAUUGUCGGGUAUUGCUCUUUCCAGUGCUUCCCAUGCUCUGGCAGAGGUCAAACAAAUGAGCAAUCAGGCCGUGUCCCCGCCCAAUGUAAACCUGCCUGACUGGUCGAAAGUGUCGGGCGCUGUUCUAUCCCGUGCGUCCGAUGCUCUGGCGGAGGUCAAACAACUAAGCAAUCAAGCCAUAUCUAAGAAAGAUGAUAUAAACCUGCCAAACAUAGACUGGUCGAAAGUAUCGGGUGAUAUCGUCUCUCAUGGGUCCGACGCUCUGACAGGGGCUAAACAAUUGGUUAAUCGGGUUUCCGCGCAUGGCCACUGGAGCUCUUAUAUGCCAGUGCUUCAGCAAUACCAGGAGAAGGCGUGGCAGCGCAUAGGGAUGAUAUCGAACCCAUUCGGUGUUCACUCGAUCAAAGUGUGGGGGACUAUUCUCGCGGGCACUUCCAAAUUGCGGGACAACAUUUUCUCGGGCGUUUCCAAAUUGUGGGGUGUCAUUCCCUCGGACCCUUUCAGAUUGUGGAGGUUCAUCCUUUCUAAAUUAUGGGGCACUGCUAGAACUCCCUUGAGCACUUCCGAUUCCAAUUCGUUCACUGCCCUCUCCUGUGUUUCGUAUGCUCUGACAGGAGUUAACGCCUGGUCGAUCAGGCAUCCAUAUUUCGCAGCUGCAGUUUUGCUAUCCAUCUCUGGGGAUCCUGAUAUCCUUCUUGGGCCAUUGACGGGAAAACCUGCACCGUACACUCGGACCUCGACUGUUCCCAAUUACUGCGAAAAUGCGAUCACGAAUGAAUACGAGAAUGUGGAUGCACGCAAAAGUGAAUCGACGAUCGUGCUUAGUGUCUCUUGGAUGACGGGUCUUGGAGCUUUGUUUGUUUUGGGUAGGACAUGGGGGUGGUGGGAUUGAUAUGGUGAUGCCGUGUAUUAGUGUGUUGCGCCGAAGUGUUCUGUAGGU